AACCAGAUCCAAUCCACAAUAUCUUUCACCUUCAAAUGUUCAUCUGUUCAACAAACCUUCCCUUUACUUACUUAGCAUUACACAAUCUCGUCAAUUGAAAUUAGAAUACAUUUGUUCAAUUCUUGAGUGACCAACUCUGGUCCAAGAAUCGAUUCUGCAUCUGAUAUUUUCAUCCCAUCAUCUUUACCGUCUUUUCUUUUUUUUUUUCCCGCACAAUCAACUCAAUAGGACCGGUCAACGUUUUGUUUCGCGUCUUCCUUGGACGUUGGUGAACUCGGAAGAAUUACUAUUUACGCAUCUUACGAUCAUGACACACUCCACACGCUUCUUUUAACGAUUACUUCCUAAACACAACAUUCAAUACAAUACAUACCUAUAUUAGUAAACCGUCGAAUCCUUCGCUUUGGUGUAUUGAAGUUGUCUGUCGCAGGAAGCAGAGGCCUUCCUGCUACCGACCGAGAUGGCGAAUUACAACCACAACCACAACCACCACAACAACAACAACAAUAACAAUAACAACAAUGCACAAUGGGGUGCGAGCGCUCCUGGAGUCGACGAAUUCGGUCUGCAACUGAGACCAAUGGGCCUGAAAGUUCAAUACACCUUCGAUAAAGAUUGCCAAGAACGAUGCCUCGCACGAUGGCCACAUAUUCUCCAAGUCCGAGCAAUCCCAAUAGACGAGCAGAACUCAAUCGGAGUGAUCGACUUGAGAACCUGUCUCCAAGCCGUGGCACAAUGCAGCCCAGAGCUAGCUAGUGACAAUGAGAAGGACUACACGGUGUAUGCCUUUGAUUAUUCUGAGCCUGAUACCCCUUUGGUCGGACAAGGUAUGCUUAGCUGGGGUCUUCAACAGGGAUCCAAUUCAACGGGUCCCCAACAGCAAUUGAUUACAGGAAGAGUUACCAAGAACCUACUCGCUAUCUUCGGGAAUGGCAUCAAGGAGACACUGGAAGUCAGGCUGAAGCUGACUGCUGUUAUGAAAAUCGCACGAAGUAAUCCCAUGCCACCUCAGAGAGUUAGCGUCGAACCUCUUCCGGCCCAACGAACAUCUACGCCCGUCUCCUCGGAGAACACGGAGUGGAAUUCCUUCCAUCAGUCCCACCCGCACUCAGGGCAGCCCUCCGGAUCAUGUUCCAAUCACGCACUAAUAGCACCAGCGCCGACUCGGCCUUUCUACUCGAACUAUGAUACAAGAAAUGACAUGGGAAUGCGAAGCAACCAACUACCACAGCAAGCAUCGGAGAACUGCCUAACCUCCAUUGAACCAGUUGCAAGGGAUUCACAUGGAUUGACUCGAGCCCAAGAUUCUAAUGUUGCUCCAACUCAGAAACAGAGUACAGCCCCUGAGGAGUCAGCGAUAGCACCGCCCCCUACGAAAGGAGGAAAGCCCCAGUCACGACCCGCGUCUAGGGCAUCUAGCCGACCCCCCUCGGGACGACCUAGAGGAAGACCGAGAAAAAAGCCUCUCCAAGCUGAAGGGAGUACAUCUGGUUAUGAGGACGGUACCGACGCCGAUGACCGACCCCCGCCAACUAAAAAGAGGGCUACAAUGACCAAGGCGGAACGUAGCAACACUGCAACUUUUGGCUCGGCUCCAGAGUCACUUCGAGUUGUUGCUAGUACUUCAGGAUCACUUCGAAGUUUCCGUCCAACUGGUCUCUCGGGCGAUGGCCCUGGAGGCAAUAAUCUACAGGAAGUUCCACGGGCCCCGACGCCAGUUCCUGAGUAUCGUCAUUCAGGUCUCCCUCCUACACGAUCAAUAGCGCCUAGCAACUUGAGACGUGGAUCGAUGUCUGGCUCAGGCCCAGAAAGUUCUUAUACCUCGUCAUUUCUAGAUUUGAACCGCCCUACAUCCUUCGGCCAGGAUGCUCGCUCUCCUACAGACUCUGUUGGAGUCUCGCCAUCUCAGACGUAUUCUGACGAGCCGAGUCCCGCAGAUAUUGGCUCGUCGCCUCCGGUUCCCCGGUCUACACUGUAUAGCGUCCAGUCCAGCCCGGCCCCUUCGAGCCCAAUCUUACCACCAAUGCCUAACACCAGACCACUUCCUGAUUCAGGUUUCAUGAGUGGAAUGAUAGAGCAGAGUUCCAGCAAAAUGCCUAUUGCCACAGUCUCGACCGACCUCGCAGCAGCCCAGUCGAAGCCGAAGCCGAAACCGAAACCCCGUCGGAGCCGCGCCAAAAAAGCUUCAACCAAGGCUCAGAAUGACCUCAUCAUCCAUACAGAGACCCCCGGACCUCCUGAGCUCUUGCCCCAAACGUCCAUCUACAACCCACCUCAUCUAAACCGAAAAUUCAGCGAGCCCAUAAGAACACCAACAGUUACCGAUGCUCCAAGUUUUCCGACAAUGCAGAACGCAUCAUCAGAGACACUGCAGCAGGUCACUAUCGAGCAGCCCUUAGAAAAGGAAGUGGCACCAGAGGAAGUAACUACACAAGGAGAUUCUGCAAGUCUAGGAGCCGCUUCUAUCAGUGAUUUCAUGGAUGAUCAGCAUAUACAACAUCUCGAUUCUCUAGAUUUUGUUAAUCACUCCUUCACAGACUCUGCGAAGGACUCAUUGAACCACAAGGAGCCCCAGCCGGUCCCAGAAGCUUCUGACAGUCAAAUGAGGCCCCCAAUCCCCCCUCAGCCACAGCGGGAUGCCCCUAUUGAGCCAGAGCUUCCAAUGAUGCCGGCAAGCGAUCCCAUGCACUCCGGGCUAACAUUUCCACCACUGCCAGAGACGGUGAACUCUCAAUUACGGCAGGAACCGUCCGCAGAACCAGAGCUUCCAGUGGUGUCCGCAAACGAUCCAAUGCACUCUGGCUUGACAUUCCCACCCCCCUCAGAGCCGGCACAUCCCCAAACCGAUACGACCGGCCCAGUUGACGGGUUCGCGGAUGAUCUGGUAGACGUACUAGCAGAUGGCAAAUCAAACAAGAAUUUCGUUAAGAGACAAACGAUUCGACAGAAAUUGGAAGAAGCUGUGGUCAAGGGGGAGGCUCCUCAAUUCUGUCGCAACUGUGGAGCUCUCCAGACCCCAACCUGGCGAAAGAUUUGGAAGCAGAAGCAUAGAGGUCUUCCGUCUUAUCACGAAUACUCAGAGAAGCCUGGUAUGGUCACGGCGAUCAGUAUCCUUGAAAGGGACAAUGAAGGGAAGCCAACCUCGUACGAGAUCUUAAAGAAGUCUCUCGGUCCUACUGAUAAUAAGAGUUUAUGGAUAGAAGUUAUUCUUUGCAAUCCAUGUGGGAUUUGGUUCAGUAAAUUCAAGCAACAUAGGCCACCAGACAAAUGGGAGAAGGACGAGCAGAGGCUAUCUCAAACACGAAAGAAGAGAGCAAAUGGCUCUGGGCUGCCUCGUUCAAAGAAGGCCCGCACCAAGAGCGAUCCUCAAACAAACCUAACAUCUGAAGUCGGCCUACCAACAGAUCCUAUUGGGGCAUUAGACGGUACCGCUUCUCCAAAGGAUUCUAUAACAGAACUACCUAGCCAGGCGCUACAGCAAGGCGGUGCCACCAACAAGAACUUAGGGAACGGACGCGGGAGCUCCUAUUUGGAAGCCAACCGACAAGGUUCCACGCAUUCUCGAGCGUCUACCCACUCCAGAGGAAGUGGAACCCCUGGCAGCCCCAUUGCCGUUGAUGAAGAUCUUGGUGGUACACGACGACUGCUUUUCCCGUCUCCACGAAAAGACGGCCAGCAUAAGAUUCUGGGCGAAGUUGCCGUUAAUGUUGUGCAUACGUCCUCAGAGUUUCAUAAUGUGAAGGAAGGCAAGCGCGGGAUGGAUAAAGAGAAUGGCGGUCCAGUAACACAGAUGGAGAAUUCAUUCGAUAAUGAAUAUGUCGAUAUAUUUGGGACCCCGCCCCGACCCUCGACGCCGCCCCCCCAGGCUAACAGUGGUGGUCCUUUCAAGACCCCUACCCAUCCAACCCCUAGCCAUCGACCUGUCACUAGAAGUGUCACCAGAUCUUUGCGCCCAGCUGGGUCACCAAGCCAAUUUCCGAUGCCUGAACACACCCCAACGAGGACCCCUCGCUCCAGUGCGGCUAAGCGCCACACGCCGGGCGACUUUCUCCCUUCACAUCUACUAGACAAUCAAAUCCUCGAGACACCGAUGACAAGAUCUAUCCACCAGCUCCUGAACGAAGCUGACAAUUUUAUGAUUUCAUCACCUCCUCGCGAUUUUGAACUAGAUCUAAGCACGUUUCAGUCUCUUACCAACGAAGAGCUCGCUGCCGAUGAUCCUUUCAUCUUUGACAAUCUACUUGGCACAGAUCCAGCCUUGCCUAGUUCGCCUCCUGUGCUUCGGAACGGAAAGAAGAAGGGCAUGCGCCUUGGCCCCAGCCUUACGUUCUCUAAUGAACCUGUUAAUUACUGGGCGGAAGGGAACGGUUCUGAGAACAAGGGGGCAGACGGCAACGAUUUCCAUUAAUCAAUUUGUUUGUAGUACAACUGCAAAACAAUGUUUCCACAUUUUAAGGGCUUAUUGAUGCGGCAAUAUCCAAUGAGGGAUAUGAUUGCCUGGUUUAUAGGCUUGUUUUAUUCAGCACCUGGUUUUUUUACGGUUGAACGGUUUCUUGGUCGGAAACUGGCUCUAGUGAGUCAUUAAGAUACCCCAAAGGAACGGUGUUUUUACGGAAGUUCAUCUACACUCGGUCGAUGUAUGUAUGCAUGAUGAUGUUUACUCCUCGGUCGGUGACGAAGGGCAUACCCGUGGAGGUGGAUAGGAGGGAUAAAGAAUUGAAGAAAUUAGAUUACAUACCC